AGAAGCUGGUUCGAUUUAGUUGACUCGAGCUGUUUCGAGUCCUUGGUGAGAAGAGGAACAUUACUUUUUCAGACUUUGCCUUCUCCAUAAAGCCAUAAAAAAGCAAUGAAACAUUCUUGGGAACAAAUGAUCCGACUAGGAAGGCCGAAAUUUCUAAUGUAUAGUAACGUCAUAUAUACUGUUGGGGUUGCUGCGGCAUAUAAAAGCAAGCCGAAUGAGCCAUUCAAUCUCUUGUGUUACAUCUGGGUGUGCACUCUGGUCCACGCCAUACACGCUAUGACACACUAUUUCAACGAAUACUACGAUUUCGAUGCGGAUAGCGCAAACAAGAAUCCAAGCCCUUGGACUGGAGGAUCGCGCGUUCUGAUCGAGGGAAAACUGAAACCGAAGGUCUCGCUAAUGAUUGGCAGAUUAAUUUGCGCCAUUGUGCUUUCGAAUGCAGCAUUGUAUUAUUGCAUAACAGGAAAUCUACCAGCAACUGUGACUAUUGUACUUGGUGUUGUAUUUGGACAUGGUUACAGCGCAUGGCCGUUGUGUACAUCACGUAGGGGACUGGGGGAGGCCACUGUAUGUCUAGUACUUAAUAUUUUAACACCAUUGGUCGGAUACCAGACUCAUGAUCCAAGUUCCCCAUUGGGUAAUAGUCUUAUCUGGCCAAUUUUGCUACCACUUCUACCAAUUCAGUAUGUACGAAUGAUGGUGAUGAACAUGGCUGAUUUGGAACCAGACAAAAUCACUGGUAAACUAACACUUGUCGCAAGGAUUGGUCUGCAGUCUUCGUGUUUAGUUCACGGCGUUGGAAUAGCGUUUGCUUACAUUUUGCACACGUGUCUUUAUGCGUACGGAUAUCUGUCGACGAUAACAUUUCUUCUCAUGUUAAUACCAGCUCCAAUAGGACUACGACAGAUUCCUAACGUGUUCAUUCGACCUUGGAAGUUCGACAAUCCUUUUUGGAGUAGUCAACACAACAUCCUCUCCAUGGCCAUGGCGUUAGCUGGCAUUUUACUUUCUGGCGGUAGACAGCUGGAAAGCAGAUCGUGGGCGCUGUGUUUCCCUUUGCUUCUCAUCUCGAUCUCGGUACCAGUACUUUUUAAGAAAAUAGUCGACGCGACCAAAGCUAAUGAUACGUACAAGACGAAACUUUAUAUGGCAGCACACGAAGAAUAAAGCUCUUUGGACUGGAUUUUAAAACAAAUAGCUUAUAGGUGAUUAUAUUCGUUAAAAAAUAUUCGCAUUAUGUAAUUUAUACAUCUUAAAAUACAAUACAACAAUGUUAUCUAUUAAAAAAUCCACUGUGUCUCAUUUCGGUAGUUUCCAGUAAUUUUUGAGUUAAGACGCUGGAAACAUGACAGAAAACAUUACGUAGGCAGGUAAUGGUAACUCUCGUAGACAAAUAAUCUAAAAAUGAAAAAUAAAAGUCCACCAUCAACGAA